AUGACGCCGGACAGCAAGGUGGGUCAGCAGUACGGCGACGUACGACAUGCGAUCAACGUGUCUGCACUGAAUGCGUACCUGGAAGCCAACGUCGGUGCGAUUGCAACGCCUGUAACGGUCAAGCAGUUCAGCUUUGGCCAAUCCAACCCGACGUACAUCCUGUUCGAUUCCAAGCAGACAAAGUAUGUUCUACGCAAGAAACCGCCGGGAUCUCUGCUCUCAUCGACCGCACAUGCGGUCGAGCGCGAGUAUCGCAUUCUGAAAGCUCUGUACGAGUACACGGCUGCACUGCCUGCAAACUCCGCCGAUCGCGUUCCGGUGCCCAGGGUGUUUUGCCUCUGCGAGGACCAAGAGAUCGUCGGAACCGCAUUCUACGUCAUGGAGUUCAUCGAUGGUCGCAUCUUUGAAGACUACCGCUUUCUCCAACUCGCCAACAAGGACGAGAGACGCAAAUGCUGGAUGAGUGCCAUCGACACGCUCGCCGCUCUGCACAGGGUCAAGCCCGCAGAUGUGGGCCUCGCCGAUUACGGCAAGCCCAACGGCUUCUACACUCGACAGAUGAAGUCGCUCGCAAAGGUGAGUGCGAUUCAGGCCGAGGUUCAAGACCAGGCCGGGGUCAAGGUGGGUGGUUUACCUCGCGGUCAAGAGUUCCUUGGCUGGUUCGAGCACAACAUGCCUGCUGACGAAACCGGGAUCGUACACGGAGACUACAAGAUCGACAACCUCAUCUUUCACCCCACCGAACCGCGCGUGAUUGGCAUCUUGGACUGGGAGCUUUCCACGCUCGGCCAUCCGCUGAGCGACCUAGCCAACCUGCUGCAGCCGUACUCGAUCCCCUGCACCAGUCCCGAGUCCAUCAACGACGUGCACAUCUGGGAGUCUGAGCGUCAACAAGGCUCGCUCCUCCUUGCACUCGGCGGUCUCACAGCCGACCAAUCACCUGUCCCGCUCGAAUCUCACCUGAUCCAACGUUACUGCCACGCAACUGGCCGUCGCUAUCCGAUCCAAAAGUGGACAGCCGCCAAGGCGUGGGCUUGGUUCAGACUAGCCGUCAUCGCACAGGGUAUCGCAGCCAGAAACGCCCAGGGCCAAGCCAGCAGCGCCCAGGCCAAAGUCUACGGCAGCAAGUUCCCCCUCUGCGCCCAGAUCUGCUUUCUCGUCAUCCAAGCCGAUCAGCACAGCCACACAAACUCCAAGCUCUAA